CGAUAGUGGUCGGAUAGAAGAUAUAGAAGAACCGUUAGCCGUCGCGUAAUAUUACCGAUUUGUGAGUGUGCCCAGCAGUGAAUGAGUGAAGUGAAAAUCAGAGCAGACACAGAGAUAGAACGAACUCCAGUCGAAGCCAGAGGCAUCGAGAACGAACUCCAGUCGAGGCUAGGGGCAAGUGUGGUUCCUGCUAGACAAUAUGAUGGACGUAAGCAGCAUGUACGGCAAUCAUCCGCACCACCAUCCUCAUCCACAUGCCAAUGUCUUCGAUGGUUAUGGCGGCACCACCACCGCCAGCACCAGCAGCAGCAGCGUAACCGCCAGCAAUGCCAGCAGCUACUUUGCCCCGCACCAGCAUCAGCAUCACUUGCAACACCAGCAGCAGUUGCAACAGCAGCAAUUGCAAUUGCAACAGCAACAGCAGCAGCAGCAGCAUGCCCUUACGUACAAUGGCUAUGAGAGCAGCUCCCCCGGCAGCUAUUAUCCCCAGCAGCAGGCACAACUGACACCACCGCCCCAGGCAGUGGGAGGAGGAGCAGUGGGCCUCCAGGUGCAACAGACGCAGCCACAGCCGCCGCUACCGCAGCAACAGCAACAACAGCUCUACCCCCACUCGCACCUGUUCAGCCCCAGUGCGGCGGAGUAUGGGAUCACGACGAGCACGGCCACCGGAAACCCAGGCACGCCACUGCAUCCCACGAGCCACUCGCCGGCGGACUCCUACUACGAAAGCGAUUCGGUGCACUCCUACUAUGCCACCGCCGCGGUAGCCACUGUUCCGCCACCCACCAACAACUCACCUGUGACCGCGGCAAAUGCCACCAAUCCGCAACAGCAGCAGCAGCAACAGCAGCCAGGGAUCGAUGCCCAUGCCCAUGCCCCCAUCAUCAGCUCCGAGAACGGGAUGAUGUACACCAAUCUGGACUGCAUGUACAAUCCAGUGCAGGCUCAGGCCCAGGCCCAGGCCCAGGCGCAUGGCUAUGCCGGACAGAUCGAGGAGAAAUAUGCGGCAGUACUCCAUGCCAGCUACGGGCCGGGCUUGAUUCUGGAGGAGCAGGAUCCCAUGAUGCAGCAGGCCACGCAGUCGCAGAUGUGGCACCACCAGCAGCACUUGGCGGGGGGCUAUGCCCUGGAUGCCAGCCUUACGAUGGACUCCCUGGGCAUGCAUGCGCACAUGCAUCAUGGAUUAGCCCACGGCCAUUUGGCCAAUCUUGCCACCAACUCCCACCAGCAACACCCACAGCUCCAACAGCAGCAACAGCAACAUCCGAAUCCACAGCAACAUCCACAGAAUCAAUCGCCGGUGGCGCAGGCAACGUCCCAACAACAACAGCAACAGCAGCAGCAACAUUCGGUGUCGCCCAAUGGCGGGCUGUCGCGACACCAGCGCGGGGGUGUCAUCUCCCCUGGCAGCUCCACAUCCUCAUCGACAGCCUCCGCCUCGAAUGGCACGCACACAGCGAGCGCACAAUCAAAAUCGCCAAAUCACUCGAGCAGCAUUCCCACCUACAAGUGGAUGCAGCUCAAGCGGAACGUUCCCAAGCCACAAGCACCAAAACUACCUGCCAACAGCAUUGCAAACAUGCACCACGACUACCAGAUGAAUGGACAGCAGCUCGAGAUGUGCCGCAGUGUUGGUGGUGGUGCAGCUGGUGGGAGUGGCAGCGUGGCCAAUGGUCCCGGAGUUGGUGGCAACGGCUCUGGCCUCGGAAGCGUCCUGUCCGUGCAGAAUUCCCUGAUGCUCUCUGCGAACAAUGCAUCCGCGGGCAAUGCCCCGAAUGGCAUGGGCGUGAGCAUCGGCGUGGGUAUGGGCAAUGGGCCGGGCGGUAGUGGCCUCAGCAGCUGCAGCCUGUCCAACAACACCAACAACUCCGGCAGGACGAACUUCACCAACAAACAACUGACGGAGCUGGAGAAGGAGUUCCACUUCAAUCGGUAUCUGACACGGGCCCGGCGCAUCGAAAUAGCAAAUACAUUGCAACUGAAUGAAACGCAGGUUAAGAUCUGGUUCCAAAAUCGGCGCAUGAAGCAAAAGAAGCGCGUCAAGGAAGGCCUCAUUCCGGCGGAUAUGCUCACCCAGCACACAUCCAUACCCGUAAUCACAGAGAAGCCACCGCAGCAGCAGCAGCAACAGCAGCAGCAACAACAGCAACAGCAGCAGCAGCAAGCAGAGCUGCAAUUGAAGCCGCAAAGCAGUGAAUUAAGCAGUAACGAACUGCCUGCAGCAGCCAUAACGGUAACAACAGCAUCCGCCAAGCAGAGUUGAACACGUUUUCAGGAUUUUGCUCAGAUCAGAUCUUUGUUUUAAUUGUUAUCGCUGUUAUUGUUGUUGUUGUUGUCGGCAAAAUGU